AGGAUGGCCGUGUCACCCCAUCCCUAUAGUUUUCGGGGUGUGACAACUACAACGCCCAACAUGGGUCACCAUUGAAGCCCCCUCUCUCACCCAUGAAAAGUUUCCACUUGUGUUCUUGAUUCUCCCUCUCCCCGGAGCAAUGCUUGAGGCAUUUGGCAACGGUGGAAUGCCGUUCACUGGCAAAAACAGAGCAAGUCUCUUCCUUAUCUCCUUGUUUUUCAUGUGGUCGUCUCUGUUUUCAUAUUCUUGUGCAGCAAAUUCGUUAUCGCAAGGGCAGUUGGUCCGAGAUGGCGAGACUCUGGUUUCUCGUUCUGGGAACUUCGAGCUGGGGUUCUUUAGAACUGAGAAUUCGUCUCUUAGAUAUGUUGGUAUUUGGUACCGCAAGAUAAGUUUUAAAACAUGCGUGUGGGUCGCAAACAGAGAUAGCCCUGUUUCUGAUGAAUCUGGAGUUCUGACAAUUUCAAGUGAUGGAAAUUUGAUGGUUUUAGAUGGGGAUCAUCGCUUAGUUUGGUCUAGCGGCAUUAAUUCUUCCUCUGUGCCCACCAACUCAACAGCUGUUUUGACGGAUGCUGGAAAUCUUGUUCUUCUGGCCAAUGCAGAUGCUGACACUGCUAGUGCUGAUGGUCAUGUCAGCAAUGCAUACUGGCAAAGCUUUGAACACCCGACAGACACGUUUUUGCCUGGCAUGAGAGUGAGGGUGAAUUCUGCGGCUGGAGAGAACCAUGCCUUUAGGUCAUGGAGAUCGUUGAACGACCCUUCCCCUGGGAACUACUCUAUGGGCGUUGAUCCCCGGUUGCCACCACAGAUAGUGAUCUGGGGUCAGUCAGGCCGGGAAUGGAGGAGCGGGCAUUGGAAUGGGCUGCUUUUCACCGGCAUGCCAAAUAUGAGGCAAUAUUCAAAUGGGUUCAGGCUUUCGGCCCCUGAGGAGGAUGGAAGCAUGUAUUUUACAUACACACCGUUGAAUAGGUCCAAUCUCUUGAUGUUCCGUAUACUUUGGAAUGGAAUGGGGGAGGAGUUAGGCUGGGAUGAGACUAAUAAUGAGUUGACUGCUGAAAAACAGCCUGCUAAGGAAUGUGACCUAUAUAACAAGUGUGGAGAUUUUGCAAUAUGCAAUGAAAUGGGCUCUCCCAAAUGUAGUUGCAUGGAAGGGUUCAUUCCAAAAUCACCGGAUCAAUGGAAGAGGGGUAACUGGUCCAUGGGUUGUACUUGGAAGACCCGAUUACAGUGUGGGAACAACAGCAGCAUUUCAGUGGGAGAUGGUGGCAGGAUGGACCGCUUUUUGAAAUUGGAUGGGGUGAAGUUGCCGGAUUUUGCAGAUUAUUUUUCAGCCACUAUCGGGGAUGAGUGUGAGGUGAAGUGUCUAGAGAAUUGUUCGUGUAAAGCUUAUGCAUUUGUUAGAGGCAUCUGGUGCAUGAUGUGGAGCAAGAAUUUGAUUGAUGUGGAGCAUUUCGCUGAGGGCGGAAUGACCCUCCAAAUUCGUCUCGCCAAUUCUGAACCAGGAACAAAGAGCAAAAUAUCCAACCUACGCAUGAUAGUUACUGCUUUUGUUGGAGCGUUUGUUUCCGGUAUAACAGUAUUUUUGUUGUGGAGGUUCAAGGACAAUUUAAAAGGAUUCUUGUUUGAUGAUAUUGUUAAGAGCGAAGAGCAAUAUCUUGAUUUGUCCAGACCAGAUGGUCUUGCUAGUGAUGCUAAGCAAGUAGGAGGACCUGAUAUACCAGUGUUCGACUUCAGUUCCAUAGAAGCUGCAACGAAUGUCUUUUCUGAAGAAAACAAGCUCGGACUCGGAGGAUUCGGUCCUGUUUACAAGGGAAAGCUUCUAGGAGGACAAGAAAUAGCCGUUAAGAGGCUUUCGAGGAAGUCAAGCCAAGGGGUUGAGGAAUUUAAGAACGAGGUUAUGGUAAUUGCGAGAUUACAACAUAGAAACCUCGUGAGACUCCUUGGAUUCUGCAUUCAAGGUGAAGAUAAGAUGCUUGUUUAUGAGUACAUGCCAAACAGGAGCUUGGAUUAUUUUAUUUUUGAUCCAGCGAAGCGAGCACAACUGAACUGGAAGAAACGUUUGGAGAUUAUUGAAGGGAUAGCACGAGGCAUCCUCUAUCUUCAUCGAGAUUCUAGAUUAAGGAUUAUUCAUCGUGACCUAAAAGUCAGUAAUAUUUUGUUGGACGAAGAGAUGAACCCAAAAAUAUCAGACUUUGGCAUGGCGAGAAUUUUCGGUGGGAAUGAAAAUGAAGCGAGUACCAAUCGAGUGGUUGGCACAUAUGGUUACAUGUCUCCAGAGUAUGCGAUGGAAGGUCUAUUUUCGUUCAAAUCUGAUGUGUACAGCUUUGGGGUAUUAUUACUGGAGAUCAUUAGCGGCGAGAAAAACAUUGGCUUUCGCACGCCGGAACAUUCUAAUCUUAUCAGCCAUGCUUGGCAUCACUGGAAUGAAGGGAAGGCGAUGGAACUAAUCGAUCCUUGUAUCAGGGACAUGUGCUAUGUGGAUGAGGCAUUACGAUGCAUACAAGUCGGACUAUUGUGUGUGCAAGACUCUGCCAGAGAUAGACCGCUCAUGUCUUCCGUUGUGCUACUAUUAGAAAGUGAAACAGCAGGUCUUCCCCUCCCGAAGCCACCCAGGUUAACCUCGAUUGGGGGCUUCUUAGGUUCUUAUUCUUUGGGUGAAACGACGGGUCUUUCAAUACCGAUACAACCCAGCUUAACCUCAAUCACGGGCUCCAUAGAUACGUAUUCUUCGUUUGAAAGCCAAGAAAUUGAAUCAUGGAACUCGUGACAGUUGCUAGGCGGAUGGUAGAUAGGGCCAAUGUGAUUCUUCAUGUUGUUUCGUCUGUUUGUUCUUGUGAUCUUUACAAUAAGAACAGUGUUCUUGAAAUUGUGCGCAUGUGUUUUUGUCAAAAGGCCCUACGUGAAACAGAAAAAUCAUUACUUGAUUCCCUGGUCUUGUUAUGAAAGUGUCUGCAUUGCUUUUUAAAAAGUAGCGACGCAUUUGGUUGUUUUUAGGACUAGCAUUUCGGGUAAAAGUUGUUGCUGUGUGACCUCUGGUUCGAGUCGCAGAAAUAGUUUUCUUGCAAAAAUCUGUGUACAUUAUAACCAAAGUGGUCGGACCUGUCCCAUCAUCCCUCGCAGAGUGGGAGCUCCGUGCACUGGCUGCUGUUUUAUUCCAGCAUUUUGCAGUUUGCUAUGCCUGAAGUGAAAAUUCAUCAUUUUGGGACCAAGAUGUUGCCCUGUUUGUCCGGCCGAUGUGAUUAUAUACACAUCUUGUCUUUCACCGGCGAAGCUCAUUUUGCAGUUCAAACAUUUGGAGCAGCUCGACGCCUACAUAAAUCUAUCAGAGUCGGUCUCAAGCAACUCUGCUUGGGGUGAGGUUCAGCUGCAGGUAGCAGCGGCUUUACUGUCGCUUCCGAGAUGCCCGUCAUGCGUUCAUCGAGUGUCUGUUCACCUAAACGUGCACUGAUGUUUCCGAAACCCUUCUCCCCUGGCAUCUGUCAGCUGCUGCUGCGAGACUCCCGCCAACAUACAUGAGACUCGCGCCAACCACCGCCAUUCCAGCCUUUGUCAUCACCGCGCCCCGACCUUGAGGAGCACCCUUUCCCUCCCCCCUCUUUCUCAACCUCGGAAGAGGAUCUAAGGCUCGAUUUGGGGUUGACUUGCCUGAGCUUCGACCUCCGAUGAUGACUUAAU